AAUCCAACAAUCGAUCGAGAUAAGCAAAAUGUGGAAUUUGUGAUAAUAUUCAAUGUGCCAUCGCCCAGCUCGUUUCAGUGCGCUCCGGUGCGAUUCUUCAAGAUGUGGCUGUUCCUGCUUGCGUUGACCGUCAGCCUGGGUUUCCUAUGGAUCUACGAGCACUUCCUUCAGCGGUAUCGUUUUUGGGCCAAGCUGGAGGUGCCCUAUCCGGUACCAUCGUUUCCAGUGGGGAACGUCGGGGACACCCUGAAGCCCACCAUCCACUUCGCGUACAUCAUCGAUCGGUUGUACCGUGAACUGAAACAUCACGGCGAUUACGUUGGUAUCUACUUUUUCCGUGAUCCUGUGCUGCUAGUGUUGUCGCCGGAGUUUGCUCGCACCGUGUUGGUGAAGGAUUUUAACUGCUUCGUGGACCGAGGAGUGUACAGCAACGAGCGCGAUGACCCACUGUCCGCCAACCUGUUCUUCAUGGAGGGUACCCGAUGGCGUCAGUUGCGGGCGAAACUUACGCCGACGUUUACCUCCGGAAAGCUAAAAGCGAUGUUUCACACUAUUGUCGACGUUGGAACGCGGCUUGAUCAGUAUCUGGCCGAUCGGUGCACCGGUACGGCCCGAUUGGAUAUGAAAGAACUGUUGGCUCGCUUCAUGACGGACGUAAUCGGAUCGUGCGCUUUCGGCAUCGAGUGCAACAGCCUGGAAGACCCAAACUCCCAGUUCCGGGUGAUGGGCAAACGGAUGAUAAAUCUACCGAAGCUGAAGGCACUGAAAGUGUUCUUUGCCAUGAUGUUCCGCCGGCCAGCCAGAGCACUUGGGGUGCGGUUCAACGAUAAAGAUGUGUCGGAUUUUUUCUUCACCGUCGUACGGGACACAAUCCUCUAUCGGGAGGUAAACGGCAUUCGGAGAAACGACUUCAUGCAGCUGCUGAUCGAUAUGAUGAAAAAGGAGUCAAACGGGAUCACCGAGGCUGAUGAGGGACUCACGUUUGAGGAGAUUGCGGCUCAGGCGUUUGUGUUUUUCUUUGCCGGAUUCGAAACGUCCGCCACGACGAUGACCUGCGCCCUGCACUUGUUGGCCAACCAUCCCGAGGCACAAGCGAAGGGCCGUCAGUGCGUUCGCGAAGUGCUCUCCAAGCACAACGGCCAACUGUCGUAUGACGCCAUCAUGGAGAUGGAGUACGUCGAAUGGAUUAUCAACGAAACGCUCCGUCUCUAUCCGCCGGUUGCGACGUUGCAUCGCAUCACAACCCAACCGUACCGUUUACCGAAUGGGAAGCUGCUACCGACGGGCGUUGGAGUGAUCGUCCCGAAUCUGGCCUUCCAGCAUGAUUCCGAUCAUUUCCCGGAACCGUUCGCUUUCCGCCCUGAACGAUUCGAAUCGAAACCUAGCUUCAGCUAUCUUCCGUUCGGAGAAGGACCCCGGAUUUGUAUCGGAAUGCGUUUCGGACUGUUGCAAACGCGGCUCGGAUUGGCGAUGCUUUUGCAGCACUAUCGCUUUGGUGUUCCGGCCAGCGAAGCGAAUCAGCCAUUGAAAAUUGAUCCGAUCAACUUGAUUCACGGACCGGCCGGAGAAGUGUGGUUAGAAGUUGAGCGCAUUUCGCAAUCUCUUCAGCUUCUGAACCUGUUGGAUCUAGUGGCCCGCUUCACGACGGACGUGAUUGGGACGUGUGCGUUCGGAAUUGACUGCAACUGCCUGAAGGACCCCGAGGCCGAGUUCCGGGUGAUGGGACGCAAGAUAAACGAGAAAGCCCCAUCCGGGCUGACAGGAUUCAUGAUCUUGGUCAUGCCGAAGUUAUCCCGCAAGCUCGGCGUUCGCUUUCUGCAAAGGGACGUGUCUGAGUACUUCCUGAGAGUGGUCCGCGAGACGAUCGACACGCGGUUGAAGCAUAACAUCAAACGCAACGAUUUCAUGCAGCUACUGAUUGGAAUGCUGGAUGAGGCACGCCCGGACGCCAGCGGUGAUGAUACGCUCACAUUCAACGAGGUAGCCGCACAAGCGUUUCUGUUUUUUGCCGCCGGAUUCGAAACAUCCGCCACGAUGAUAACGUGGGCUUUGUACGAGUUGGCGCUCGAUCAGGACAUUCAGGAUCGGGCCCGCCGGUGCGUUAAGGAAGCUUUGGAGCGCCAUGGCGGUCAGAUGACGUACGAUGCGGUGAUGGAGAUGCAUUACUUAGACCAAAUCUUGAACGAAUCCUUGCGGAAGUACCCUCCGAUUCCGGGCAAUUUCCGAAUUGCCUCCAAGGACUACCGAGUGCCCGGGACGGACAUGGUUUUGGAAGCCGGCACACCUCUACUGGUGCCAUCGUACCAUAUUCAGCACGAUCCGGAUUACUUUCCCGACCCGAACCGCUUCGAUCCGGACCGGUUUAGCGCGGAAGCUGUAGCCGAACGGCAUCCCUUUGCGUGGACCCCCUUCGGCGAGGGACCAAGGAUGUGCAUUGGUUUGCGGUUUGGUAUGAUGCAAGGCCGAGUUGGGCUAGCGCUCCUGUUGAAUGAGUUCCGGUUUCAGCCCAGUGCCAAGACUACCAUACCGAUGGAGUUUCUGAUAAGCAGUUUCAUCCUGUACCCGAAAGACGGUAUGUGGUUGAAGGUGACCAAAUUGUAGGCUCUAGAGUCCGAAACAG